CCGCGCGGCCGCGCCAUUCAGUCGAGUCUCAGCCUGUGAUGAGGACGGUCUGACGAGAGGAUAGCUCUGUUUUCUCUUUGCUUCAUUGCAUCGCUCACUGCUCCUAUUUUUCCUCCCUUGCGGACAAUAAUCAACACAGGCCAGAAUGGCUGAGGUGGAAGACGACACGAAGAAGUACGUGCCUUUGACAGAAGAGCUGGUUCGGGAGGCUCUGAGAAAAGACAAAGGCAAGGACGCUCAGCUGGUGUCAUGGAAGUAUAAAGAUUUCACUAAGAAGGGUGACAACUACGCCUGCUUCGUGACCAGCGUGGAGGUUCAGUACAAGGAAGAGGAGCACGGAGAGCCCCUGCAAGUAACUUACGUGGCUAAACUCGCACACCAGAUCACAUCAGUCUUCAUGGAUUUGAUGAAUGAGAUGUUUGAGAAAGAGGGCUCCUGCUUUAUAGAGAUCCUCCCCAAGAUGAACGAACUGCUGAGGGAACUCCACAUCGACAGCAUCAGGACUGCCAAGGGAUACUGCAUGUCACUUAAACGUGGGAAGGAAGUAUUACUACUUGAGGACUUAAGGCACCGCAAGUUCAAGAUGUUCGAUAGGCGGCGAGGGAUAGACGUGCCCCAUGCUCUGCUUGUGUUGAAAGAACUGGGAAGACUCCAUGCCACCUCCAGACUGUUAGAGAGGAAGCUUGGCUGCUCGCUGCACGAAACAUGGCCUAUCAUUAUAGAGAAGUGGCUGGAAGAGGAUGAUGUACCCGGUGCGGAAAUGUUCCAGAAGAUGAUAGAAUCCCAAAUGGAGACAGCAGCCAUGGUCAUGGAAAAGAUCCCGAAUUACGAGCAAGUAGUCGCGUGGAUCAGAAACACCAAGCCCAAGGGUAUGGAUAUCUUCAAACAAGGCUUGAAGAAAAGUGACAAGUUUAAUGCCUUGAACCACGGAGACUGCUGGAACAACAACAUUCUCUUCAGAUACGACGAGACAGGGGCACCCGUGGAGGUGAUGCUGGUGGACCUGCAGGGAAUGCGAAUGGCUUCGGUGGCUGCAGACCUCUCAUACUUCUUGUACUCUAGCUUUACCGGUGGUGUUCGUAAGAGCAACUUAAAAUUUUUCAUGGAAACCUACUACGACUCGUUCUGCAGUGUGCUACGAGCAGCACAGGUGCCAAUUCCAUUCUCUUUGGAAGAACUUAUUGUAGAAUUCAGGAACAAGAUGAUUUUAGGUUGUAUUAGCGGCAUGAUAUUGGCACCUAUAGUUCUAAGCGAGGAAGAAGACGUGCAGGCCUUCUUUGACAUGACGGAGGAAAAUAUGGAUACGAAUAACCGAGAGCGGCAGGAGAAGAUCCUCAAGAUGAGCAAACGGGAAGGUGGUCAGUUACAGGACAGGUUUCUCUCCAUGUUUAAUGAGAUGGUGGAGGCAGGAAUUGUCCCUAAUAAAGAUGUAGUUUAAUAAUGUUGUAUGAUGAUGAAAAUAGUAACUGGUCUUCUGAAGUUGCCUUGUUCCAGGGAGCUCACUAUACAAAAUUUCUUCCUUCUCUCAUUCUUAUUCUGUCCGCCUCUCUAAUGCAAGAGUUAACCAUGCAGUACUCUCGAUCAAUCGUCUUUUUCUCUGGUGAACUCUGGAAAUUCCUGACUGCUUCUGUAUUCCUGCUUACUAUGACGAACUAUUUCAACGGGGAGGUUCUUUUAAAUUUUCAAUGCUAUUUUGGGACUGGCAUCCAAGUGGCUUUUUCCUUUAUUUUUCCUCUUUUUGUUUCCCUAGGUCAGUGAUCCACUUACAUAAUAAAAUAGCAGUAGUACCACCUUAGAGCAGAUUCACAUAAAAUAGAGAUUUAAAAUUAAUGAAUAACCCUUUCACACUAGGCAACUAGUGACGGUCACUAGUUGCUUAGUGUGAAAGACUCGGGCAACUGCAAGCAACCAGUGACUGUCACCGAGUUGUGGCAUCCUUUCUCAUCAUCUCAUUAGUAGAAAGAAUGACAUCCAUGGAGAAGGUGCUUCUGUUGGCAAAGGUGCAGUUCACUGGCAACGAGAUCAUAUCUAGACAGAAAUGAGGUGAUGUGGUUGGUGAUGUAAAGGUGUGGUGGUGGUGGGGGGGAUAACACGUGUGACGUGGUGAUAUGGUGUUGUGGUGUAGCUACUUCUGAAGAAAUAUACAUAUGAACAGGUGUUUGUUUUUAACUCACAUAUUUCAUUCUUCUCAGCUUGAGAUUUCCCUUCAGUCUGGAAUGAAAUGCAUAAUAAUUUCACUCCACGCGUUCCUCUUUUCAUUCUUGUUGCUGUAUUGUUCAUUGGAUGAAUCCCAAACUGCUGGGUGUUUUUCCACUUCGUGAAUUAAAUCUUGUGUUAAUUUUC